AUGGGCCCCAAGAAGAAGGUAGACAACCGCGGAGGCGGUCCAAAGCCUGGAACUAAGCAGGCAAAGGCUGCUUCAGAGAAAUCGGACAAAAAGCCCGCACCAGCCGCCCCUGAAGAGCCGAAGAAGCCGACCGUGAAGGAGGUUAUUGGCGGCGCAUCAUGGACAGGCAAACUGCCAGUGAACAUGCUGUCGGAGCAUUGUCAGAAACAAAAAUGGGAGAGGCCAGAGUACGGAAUGAUCCAAUCUCGCGAUGGCUUCAUAUCCUCAGUCACCCUCAAAAAGGUUGACCCAAAGACCAAAGAAUUGACUGUUCUCCCACCGAUGAAAGUACCUCCCUCUCAUAAAGAAGUUGCGACGCAAACUACAGCCCUGGAAGCCCGCCAUUUCGCCGCUGCAUAUGCCCUAUUCCGUGUCUGCAAUAUGCGCAACCUACACAUGAUGCUUCCACCAACAUACAAGAAGCUAUGGCGAGAAGAUUUCACCGACAUCAAGACGACAGACACAAAGGAGGGCAAAGGCUGGCUUUAUGAAGCGGAUCCAUUCCUAGCCAAGCAAGAACGCGAGAGUGCGGCUGCCGACCUGGAGAAGAAGAGGGCGGAGCGUCUCAAGGCACAAGCCAAGGAGAAGGUCUCUUCCGCCGAUAUUGGGCUAGGAACAGGAGAUGGAAAGAGUAAACGCAUUUGGUCACAAGCCCCGAAAGUGGACAUGGGCGCUCGUAUUCGUCGCGAUAUCGAAGGCCUUUUACGGCAACAUACAGUCUGGAACGCUCAUGGUGUGAAGAUUCCACAAAAGGAAGUGCAGGCCAUUGUGGAGGAAUUUUCAAAACUUGGGUUCCGUCGCAGCCACGUUGAAGAGGCUGCAGCUGAAUGUAAAGACCGCGAGGAGGUGUUGGAGUGGCUGCUCGUCUAUGUCCCUGAGGAUGAUCUGCCGCGCUGGAGUUUACCUGAGGGUUACUCUGCCGGUGUUAGCCUUGCGUCUGGAGACCUGGCCCGUGAAGCGAAGAUCAAGAGACUUGCUUCGGUUGGUUACCCGGCUGAUCUUUGCUCACAAGUACUCGACAGUAAGAAGGGCGAUGAACUCGCCGCUGCAGAAUAUCUGCAAAGCACAUUGGCCCAUGGAGCCGCAUUCGCGUCUGCUUCUACGCCUGACGGCGAUGCGGAAGCUUGGAAUGAGGAACAGGAGACCCUGGAAGCUAUUUUUGGUGACCGCUAUUCCCGAAUUUCAGACAAGGUCUGCGAAAUCAAGAGCGAAGCCCCCGAGCUUCCAGAAAACACCAUCAUUCGCUUCCAGGAACCAUCUACCCAUUACCCAACCACCCCGCCUGUCAUAAUCAUCCAGGCUAAGAGUAUACCGGCUUAUAUUCGACUCAGCGCGAUCCGUCGGGCGGUGCAGUAUGCCGAAGAUAAUUUCAGCGGAGAGUCUAUGAUCUUCAAUAUUUUGGACUGGUUGGAGGUAAACCUCUCCGAUAUUAUGGAGAAUCCUGGCAGACUACGAGAGAUCUCUGCUGUGACCGCUUCAUCGUUGGCUGAAACUAAGGAGAUCCCUGUAAGAUCUGGUCGCAAGCAACGCAAGGGUAUCGACUGGAAAGCCAACUCUCCUCAGAGCCUCGCCAUUCGGGAUGCAUGGGAAGCCAAGCAAGACACUACAGCACAGAUUGAUAUGUCCCGGAAACGACAGUCGUUGCCUGCAUGGAACAUCCAAGAUGCCAUCAUCCAAACCGUCAACUCAAACCAAGUUACCAUUAUCUCUGGUGAAACUGGUAGCGGUAAAAGUACACAAUCUGUACAAUUUGUCUUGGAUGACAUGAUCAAGCGUGGACUUGGAGGAGCUGCAAACAUUAUCUGCACUCAGCCUCGAAGGAUUUCAGCCCUUGGUCUCGCUGAUCGUGUCAGUGAUGAACGUUGCUCAACCGUGGGUGAUGAGGUUGGAUACGUGAUCCGUGGCGAGUCGAAAGCCAAACAGGGUGCCACUAAGAUCACAUUUGUGACCACUGGUGUCUUGCUCCGCCGAAUCCAGUCUGGCGGUGACGCUGAUGGCAACAUCGGAAGCUCCUUGGCGGAUGUCUCUCACGUUGUGGUUGACGAAGUCCACGAACGUAGUUUGGAUACCGAUUUCCUCUUGGCCCUUCUCCGCGAUGUUCUACGCUACCGAAAGGAUUUGAAGGUCAUUCUCAUGAGUGCUACACUGGAUGCGGAUAUCUUCCGAAAUUACUUUGGUGGCUAUGAUAAUGUCGGUCUGGUGAAUAUCCCAGGCCGAACGUUCCCUGUCGAUGACUACUAUCUCGAUGAUGUGCUAAGGUACACGGGCUUCGCCCCCGAGUUGGAUGAUGACUUUGAGGACGAUGCUCCACGAGAGCAGGAGUCGUUGGGCAAAGCUCUGCGAAGCGUAGGCAUGGGCAUCAACUAUGACUUGAUUGCGACCACUGUUGAAUACAUUGAUGACCAACUUGGCGAUAAUCCUGGAGGGAUUCUCAUCUUCCUGCCAGGGACUAUGGAAAUCGAAAGAUGCCUAAAUUACAUAAGGAGAAUCCCCAAUGCACACCCACUCCCUCUACAUGCCUCUUUGCUACCAGCUGAGCAAAAGCGUGUCUUCCAAAGUGCGCCGAGAGGAAAAAGGAAGGUUAUUGCCGCGACUAAUGUGGCGGAAACAUCCAUUACAAUUGAGGAUGUUGUGGCCGUCAUUGAUACUGGCCGAGUGAAAGAGACCAGCUAUGAUCCCAAGGACAACAUGGUCCGUCUUCAAGAGGUAUGGGCAUCACAGGCUGCCUGUAAACAGCGUCGCGGUCGUGCAGGUCGUGUCCGUGCCGGUACCUGCUACAAGCUAUACACCCGCAAAGCCGAGUCGAAUAUGGCUCAACGGCCCGAUCCUGAGAUUCGCCGCGUUCCUCUGGAGCAGUUGUGUCUGUCUGUGAAGUCCAUGAAGGGCAUCGAUGACGUCGCCACGUUCCUUGGAAAUACUAUAACUCCCCCAGAAAGCAUCGCUGUCGAAGGUGCCCUCAACUUCCUGCAUAGAAUCGGAGCCAUGGAUCACAGCAGCCUGACGGCGCUGGGUCGAUACCUCGCCAUGAUUCCAGCUGAUCUUCGCUGUGCCAAGCUAAUGAUCUACGGUUCGAUUUUCGGGUGCAUGGAGCCCUGUCUAACCAUCGCCGCGAUCUUAACCGUCAAGAGUCCCUUCGUCUCUCCGCGCGAGAAACGAGAAGAAGCAGACGCCGCCAAGGCAGCCUUUUCACGUCCUGGCGAUGGCGAUCUUCUCACCGAUUUAUUGGCCUACCAGUCCUGGUCCGAGCUAGUGCGUGCCAAUGGCUACUGGAGGACGCAAACUUGGUGCGCAUCGAAUUUCCUUUCCCACCAAACCCUCCGUGACAUCUCGUCCAAUCGUGCCCAAUUCGUCACAUCUCUCAAAGACGCUGGCAUUUUGCCGGUAGAUUACACAGAUGCAUCCACGACCUGGAACCGCAAUGCCUCGAACCGAAAUCUCAUCCGUGCUCUGGUAGCCGGCGCGUUCCAGCCGCAAGUUGCGCAAAUCUCCUUCCCCGAUAAGAAGUUUGCCAGUUCGGUGACUGGUACGGUCGAGGUUGACCCGGAUGCUCGAACGAUCAAAUACUUUAACCAGGAGAAUGGCCGCGUUUUCAUUCACCCUAGCUCUAUCCUCUUCUCGGCGCAGGGAUACCCCAGUGCAGCGGCCUAUCUGAGCUACUUCACAAAGAUGGCGACAAGCAAGGUCUUCAUUCGUGAUCUCACUCCUUUCAACGCCUACUCUCUGCUCCUAUUCUGUGGCUCCAUAACUCUCGACACAAUGGGCCGUGGUCUCGUCGUUGAUGGCUGGCUCCGUCUCCGUGGCUGGGCCCGGAUCGGUGUUCUCGUCUCCCGUCUACGAACCAUGCUGGACGAAGCACUUGCUGCGCGGAUUGAUAACCCGGCCCUUGGAUCGGAUGGCGGUGGGGAUAAGGUGAUUGAAGCUGUGAAGAGACUGAUCGAGUUCAAUGGACUUGAUCAAUGA